GCCACAUUUCUCCUGUGGCUCUGUAUGCUCAGCACUACAACUCCAUACAGUCUGUGACCAACAGAGAAAGGAGAGCCACUGAUGAAAGUUUCAGAAUGUCUCCGCCCUCACACACAGCAGCACUCUCGAUCCCACCACACACUCUGACCCGUCUGGCACGAGAAUGGCUGGCUGAGGACACACCAAACUUUGACCCGGCAGGAGUGUGUGUGGGGUCACAGGAUGUCGAGGCCAGGUUGCUGUGUAAAACACCACACAGCGUCCUGGCAGGGAUCCCCUUCUUCACAGCAGUGUUCACUGAAGUGGGCUGCACCGUGGACUGGGUUUACCAGGAGGGAGCUGAGAUCGGUCCAGAUGCCAUCACGCUGACGGCUGUGGUGAGAGGCUCAGCAAGGUGCCUCCUCCUUGGUGAAAGGCCGGCUCUCAACUGCCUGGCACGGGCCUCAGGGAUCGCCACCCGUUGUUCUCAGCUCCAGGCAAUGGCAACAGCCAAAGGCUGGCAUGGAGAAGUGGCUGGCACACGCAAGACCACCCCCGGCUUCCGUGUGGUGGAGAAGUACGCCAUGCUGGUUGGCGGCGUGUCCAUGCACAGACAGGACCUGAGUGGAAUGGUGAUGCUGAAAGACAACCAUGUCUGGGCAUCAGGAAGUAUCACACAGGCCGUGAAAGCUGCACGGUCAGUAUGUGGCUUCAGCAGUAAGAUUGAGGUGGAAUGCCGCUCUUCAGAGGAGGGCAGAGAGGCAGCCGCAGCCGGAGCAGACAUUGUUAUGCUGGACAACUUUCAACCUCAGGAGUUCCAUGUUGCAGCCCAAGCACUGAAGGAGGAGUUCCCAACUACCCUGAUAGAGGCCAGUGGAGGGGUGACUCCACAGAACUUAGCUAUGUAUUUCUCCCCACAUGUGGACAUCAUUUCCCUGGGCUGCAUAACACAGGGAUGCCCAGUUGUGGACUUUUCUCUCAAGGUUCAAAAGCCUGUUGCUCACUCAAGCCUCCAAGAAUGAUGACCAUCAGACAGUCCCAGACUGAUUGAAUGAGAAAAUGUUGGGUCCUGUAUAGGAGACAUUUUUAUUAGGGUGUUAAUUUUUUCCCCCAGAACAACUGCAGUUACAGUGGCAUACUGGUGCUUGAGAAAUAAUACACAUCCUGUUCCCUCCCUGUGUCAUCAGUGAUAAUGAUCUACAGAUAUAAAACUAGACUGUACUAGCUACUCUGUCGGUGACAUGUAGGCCAAAUGGCACUUUUGUGUAGUUCUUGCAAUGCUGUAAUACCAAAGAGGAACAACAGUCACAUGUUUAAACUAAACAGAGACUAACAGAGAUAUUAUAAACAUACAGAAUAAAAGGAGAAUAUCACAGGUUGGCAGGCAACUUAUUUUAUGGUCCAAUAUGUUGAAGGAUCGAUUCAAACAAACAUUUGGGUGAAGCAGUAGUAAGCUGCAACUCAGCACAGCGACAAAUCAUCUUCCAAAAUUAAUUUGUCAAACGGAUUAGCAAACAACAGCCUAUUUCUACAUCCAGCAGACACAGUUCAACAUAAGCAUUCAUUUGGAGUCAUAUAUCUGGCCACCUGAUGAAUGUAUGAACUCUCCUUUUUGUUCUGAUUUUGGUCACUGGCUCUUUAUUGGGUAAAUCCUCCUCUACAGUUAGUGGCCACUAUUAGGUACGCUACAAUCUAAUGCAAGCCAAUGCUGCCCUACAAAGCAUAACCACAGUAACAGUUUGUUGACUGGCCAGCCAAAUGUGUUUUAUGUGGAAUGGUGGUUAUGUGCUUAUUACAUAUGUAUUAUCCAAGUAAUUUUUGUGGCUUAAAAAUCAUGAUCAAUUAUUUGACCUAUGACCCCAAAAAUGCAGAUACUGCAUACUGUCUGUGUAUUACCAUAAACAGAUAUGUAGGUAGUGCAAAGCAAGAGUGCAGUAACUACAGUCUGAGUGUCUUCUUUCUGACUAAAUCUAAAUCUAACUUAAUGUUUUAUGACAUUAUUAAAUCUGUAUUUCUUGUGUCACGUGUAACAAGUUGAAAUAGAUGGCUAAUUAAGAAUUUAAGUAUUAUUUUGUGAGGUUUAAUUAGCACAGUAAUCCUUUGUCCUGGGCACCCUAAAUAUCUCCCAUCUAGAAAAUAACAAACACAUGAAACAUUUCUUGAAGGAACUUCUACAAAUUUCCCACAGUACUUGAACGCAUCCCCAAAAUGUUCUUUUAUCUGCCAUUCAGAAAACAUAAAAGAAAAAUGUAUCAGUAACAUUAGCAGCUUCCCCUUCUAACAUGGUAGGGCCCUCAACAUCAUUGAUGAUCUCAUAGAGUGCAUAACAGGCCCAUAGAGAAUAAAUACUGUAUGUAAAGGGUCCAAAAUGUUGUGCUAUGCCCAUGUCCAGUGGGAUACAAGAGUUUGACCAACCACUUGUGGACAUUUUGAAAAAUGUUUGAUGAUGGCCCAAAACAAAUAUUGGGCCAUCAUAUCAUCAUUAUUUGCUCCCAAUAAAUCUAUCAACAAAUCUGCCAAA